UCCCCCGUCCGAGCGCAACGCGUUUCUGCUGAGCCCGUGGGCAUCCCAGAGACCACUCCCGAAGCGGGCCAGACCCCAGGUGCCGAAGCAUUAGGGGGCGCAGGGCCCUUGCUGGUCGCAGCAGCCCUCGCGGCGGGGCAUCCCCUGGCCGUGCCGCCGCCGCCGCCGCCGCCGGCGCGGGGCGAUCUCCAAGCGGCGAUCUCCAAGCACUGCCCGGCUCGGCGGCGGGCCAGGAGGGGAGGGUCCGGCCUUGCCCGGCCUCCGCGCCAUGCCGCGGGCCGUGUGAGCCGCCGCGGGCUCCGAAGCCCGCAGGUGCCGGCGGGCGCGCCAGGCCCGGCUGGGGAGGGGGCGCUGCGCUCGCCAUGCUGCGAGGGCCGCGGGCCCUGGCUCCGGCCGCGGGGCCACCCCCCAAGGGGCUGCCCGCGAUGAGCCCCACGGAGCUGUGGCCGCCCGGCCUCAGCAGCCCUCAGCUCUGCCCGGCCACCACCACCUACUACACCCAGCUGUACCCGCAGACUGUGCCUCCCGCUGCGGCGCCGGGCACCUGCCUCGACGCCACCCCCCACGGACCGGAGGGCCAAGCUGUGCGAUGCGUGCCUGCUGGCCGGCUGCCGGCCAAAAGGAAGCUGGACCUGGAGGGGAUCGGGAAGCCUGUGGUCCCUGAAUUCCGGACUCCCAAGCGGAAGUGCAUUAGAGUGGAUGGCCUCCCCAGCCCCAAAACCCCCAAGUCGCCUGGGGAGAAGACUCGCUAUGACACGUCGCUGGGGCUGCUCACCAAGAAAUUCAUUUACCUCCUGAGCGAGUCUGAGGAUGGGGUCCUGGACCUUAACUGGGCUGCUGAGGUGCUGGACGUGCAGAAGCGGCGCAUCUACGACAUAACCAAUGUGCUGGAGGGCAUCCAGCUCAUCCGCAAGAAGGCCAAGAACAACAUCCAGUGGGUAGGCAGAGGACUGUUUGAAGACCCCACCCGGCCCGGGAAGCAGCAGCAACUGGGGCAGGAGCUGAAGGAGCUAAUGAGCAUGGAGCAGACCUUGGACCAGCUCAUCCAGAGCUGCUCUCUGCACUUCAAGCACCUGACGGAGGACAAGGCCAACAAGAGACUGGCCUACGUGACUUACCAGGACAUCCGUGCUGUGGGCAGCUUUAAGGAGCAGACCGUGAUCGCUGUCAAGGCCCCUCCGCAGACGAGACUGGAAGUGCCUGACAGGAGCGAGGAGAACCUGCAGAUAUAUCUGAAGAGCACGCAGGGGCCCAUCGAAGUCUACCUUUGCCCAGAAGAGGUGCAGGAGCCCAACAGUCCUGCCAAGGAGCCCCUCCCCUCCACCUCCACCCUCAGUCCCAGCCCUGACCCCACCCAGCCCAGCAGCAGCAUCAACCCUGGAAUCACGGAAUCCACGGCAUCCUCAGCACCAGCGCUGACGUCCCAGCAGGUCCUGCCACCACUCCCGCCGUCCCUUGUCCCCCUGGAGGCCACCGACAGCAUGCUGGAGCUGCCACACCCACUCCUGCAGCAGACGGAGGACCAGUUCCUGUCCCCGACACUGCCAUGCAGCUCCCCUCUGAUCAGCUUCUCCCCACCCUUGGACCAGGACGACUACCUGUGGGGCCUGGACGGCGGGGAGGGCAUCAGUGACCUCUUCGACACCUAUGACCUUGGGGACCUGCUGAUUAACUGAAUGGCCCCUGCCUGUGCCCCGGCAACCCCUCCAGUCUCUACCUCCUCACAGGCAGACUGACAGGCCCUCUGCCUGCACAGGAUGUGACACGAGGUGCUGCCCUCAGGGUAUGGGGGUCCCCCCUUUUCCUUUCCUACCUACCACCUGCCGGCCAGUGCUGUCGGGGGAAUGUGGAGGAUACGAGGAAGGAGCCUGUCAGGGGUUGGGUCCUGUCCUUCUUCAUGGAAACUGGGCCUGGGAAGACCCAGCCAGUCUUCUGACCUCUGAUCUCUCAUGUGAAGGGCCACAGGGGAGGUGACCAGGUCCAAGGAGAGUUCCCGCAAUUGCCUUUAGAGGGGCAAUUAGGACCCUCAGUUUAUCAAGAAGUACUUAAUGCCUUUGUA